AUGUGUUUGUCUAGGUUUGUUGGCCGGCGUGGACGUGUCCAGAAAAUUUUCUGCGACAAUGCCACCAAUUUUGUCGGUGCUUCCCGAAUGCUGCAGGAAUUCAGGGACCAUUUCAUUGCCAACCAGGAUGCCAUAACGGAGUUCGCAGCCACGCGCGUGAUCACCUUCUCGUUCAUCCCGCCCCGAGCGCCCCAUUUUGGCGGCCUAUGGGAGGCGGCAGUGAAAUCAGCGAAGGGAUUAAUGGUCAAGGCCGUAGGCAUCGCAGUGCUCCGACAGGACGAAUUGAACACCGUCUUGGUAGAAGACGAAGCCAUACUCAAUUCUCAGCCAGAAACAGACGACAAACUGAGCUACUUGAAGAGAUGGCGACUGAUAUCCGCCGUCAAGCAACGGUUUUGGGUAGACUGGCAAAACGACUACGUCCUGAGCCUGCAGCAACGACAGAAGUGGCUAAGCGAGAGCCACAACAUACAAGUCGGAACAAUCGUCGUGGUCCACGAGGACAACAGUCCGCCUCAGCAGUGGCUAAUAGGAGUCAUCGAGGAGGUUAUCAAAGGCGAGGAUGGAAAGGUUCGAGUGGCGGUCGUCAGAACUAAAUCUGGCGUUUUUAAGCGAUCUAUACGUCGAUUAGCUCCGUUGCCUGUGGAUGAACAUUGA